UCAACAUUUCUUAUUGGAAAAUCUUUUUUGACAAAUAAAAGCGAAUCCAUUGGAAUAACAGUUCAAAAACAGGCCUUGAUCUGAACUCUCUGGGAGCCUUUUCUCCCCACUGACUUUAUAGCAUACAGCCUACAUUUCUACUAUUUCUCUAAGACUUCAGCCUCUUUAGUUUUGUAUUGGUCCGACCUAUUAACGCUCAUUUACACACACCUGCACAAAGAACCAGUGACAUUUAUUCCCACUACACUUUGACCUGUCGGCUGGACUUUACACUAGAAACAUCAAGUCUCAUAUCGCACACACACUGUAUGUUAUAUCUCUGAGCUGAUACUAGUUUUGCUGAUGCAUGACUGCCAUUAUACUAAUAAAGAUAAUAAUUUAUUAUUAUUACUUUAGGUAUUAUCAUCUGCAUGGCAGAGUUGUGUUUACAGAGUCUGUAGCUGGUUAUACAAGUAAUACACGUCACACACCUUUGUGCAGAGUGUUAAUUAGUCAUUACUGAAGUUUGCCCUGUCAUGCCAGUGUGUACUCACAGGGUGUGCUGAUAAUCAUAGGGUUAAUGCACAUGUGAGCAGGCAUUACAUAAUCAGUGUUUCACCAGGAAGAAGACAGUCCCAGGCGAUCCUGCAGCUGCUGGUUUAACUCUCUCUAACAAUGUGGCUUUAUAAUUUUUUGCUGGGUUUUGACCUCAAGGGGCUCUUCCUGUUUAUUUUCAUUUUCAUCCUCAUAGCAGACUUCCUCAAAAACAGGAAUCCUCCAAAUUAUCCUCCAGGACCGAUGGCGCUCCCCCUUGUGGGGAAUAUCUUCAGUGUGGACAGUAAACAUCCACACAAAUAUUUUACCAAGUUGGCUGACGUCUAUGGCAACGUGUUCAGCGUCCGCCUUGGUAGUGACAAGAUGGUGUUUGUGUCUGGGUACCAGAUGGUGAAGGAAGCCUUAGUGACACAAGCCGACAACUUUGUGGAUCGACCAUACAGUGCAACGGCUGACAGGGUGUACUCAGGAGACACCUAUGGUCUGUUCAUGAGCAAUGGUGAAACAUGGAAAAAACAGAGACGCUUUGCCUUGUCUACAUUACGUAACUUCGGCCUGGGCAAAAGCACCAUGGAGCAGAGUAUCUGUGAGGAGAUCCGACACCUGCAGGAGGAGAUAGAGAAGGAGAAAGGUGAACCUUUCAGCCCAGCAGGCCUCUUCAACAAUGCUGUGUCCAACAUCAUUUGCCAGCUGGUGAUGGCGAAACGCUUUGACUACAGUGACCACAACUUCCAGACCAUGCUGAAGUAUAUAUCUGAAGCCAUUCGGCUGGAGGGCUCUGUAUGGGGUCUGCUGUAUGAAUCAUUCCCCGGAGUCAUGAAGCACAUGCCAGGUCCUCACAACAGAAUAUUCAGCUACUACAACACCAUUCUCGACUUCAUCAAUGAGGAGGUAAAGAGCCACCAGGAGAACCUGGACCACAGUGAUCCCCGGGACUACAUUGACGCUUUCCUCAUUGAAAUGGAGAAGCACAAAGAAACUGACCUGGGCUUCACUGAGACCAAUCUGGCUAUGUGCUCUCUGGAUCUGUUCCUGGCUGGAACUGAGACAACUUCCACCACUUUGCUGUGGGCUUUGAUUUACCUCAUCAAAAACCCUGAGAUCCAGGACAAAGUCCAGGCGGAGAUAGACAGAGUGAUCGGACAGACCCGACAGCCCAGUAUGGCAGACAGACCCAACCUGCCCUACACUGACGCUGUCAUCCAUGAGAUCCAGAGGAUGGGAAACAUCGUUCCUCUCAAUGGACCCAGAAUGGCCGCCAAUGAUACGACACUAGGUGGUUACUUCAUACCCAAGGGUACGACCUUGAUGCCCAUCCUGACCUCUGUGCUGUUUGAUAAGACCGAAUGGGAGACUCCAGACACCUUCAACCCCGGACACUUCCUGGAUGCUGAGGGAAAGUUUGUGAAGAGAGAAGCCUUUCUAGUUUUCUCUGCAGGGAAGCGCGUGUGUCUCGGAGAAGGCCUCGCCAGGAUGGAGCUGUUUCUGUUUUUGGUUGGAUUACUCCAGAAGUUCUCUUUCUCUGUUCCUGAUGGAGUAGAGCUGAGCACAGAGGGAGUUACUGGAACAACACAUGUACCGCUUCCCUUCAAGGUUUACGCCAAGGCUCGCUGAAUUUUGUAACAUCUCACUGUGUCAUUUUUCAUCUAAACAAUGGGCAACACACAAGACUAAGCAAAAAAGGGAUAGUGCACCCAAAAAUGAAAAUUCAGCCAUUAUCUACUCACCCAUAUGCCGAGGGAGGCUCAGGUGAAGUUUUAGAGUCCUCACAUCCCUUGCGGCGGUCCAACUCCACCUAAUGGAUGCUGACGGCGCCCCAGAUUCAAACUUCCGAUGACAUCACAUACAUUGAGAAAGAAGACCAAGUCAUGGCACGAUUUGAUGACUCCACAAUCGCCUAAUCUGACACAGUGACUGUUGGAACAGACAAAACUGUCUGGUUGUAAGAACACAGCGUGAGGCAGUUUAGAGAAAACUGUAGUUUCUUUUCAAUCUUAGUCUUUCACUGUUGUAUGAUUACCCCAUGUACUUUUUCUUCACUCUGCCAGUUCAUUUAAUUCUGUGUAAAUACAACAUUGUUUUAUUUAGAUAUUCUUGUAUUAAUGGCACUGAGUUGUUUUUCCUUUGUCCUUCUUAUUAAAUAUAUCAGUAACA